GGGUGACAUGCUGAAGACCUGCCCACCAAUCACAGGGCUCCUUACUGGAAGAGCCCGCUGCGGGGGUGUGCCGAGAGUCGCCAGCAACGCCCUGCAGCCUUUGAAAUCGGAGGGGAAAAGACUGCAGUCAGCUCUUCGCUGGAGGAGGGCACCUAUGCCCCGGAGAGAGCAGGCUCCCAGGAUGGACACGCCGCGCCCUGAAGAAUCGUUAGAGAAGCAAAAUGAAAAUCCGAACAACCAGGACGAGGAGAUGGAGUUUAAGGAAAUGGACGGUCUGAGAGAAGCCUUGGCGAACCUCCGGGGACUGUCGGAGGAGGAGAGGAGCGAGAAGGCGAUGCUUCGCUCCCGCAUUGAAGAGCAGUCCCAGCUCAUCUGCAUCCUGAAGCGGAGGUCAGAUGAGGCCCUGGAGCGCUGCGAGAUCCUAGAGCUGCUCAAUGCAGAGCUGGAGCAGAAAAGGAUGCAGGAGGCUGAGAAGUUCAAGGCCCAGGGUGAGUACAUUCGGAAGCUAGAGGAACGCUUUAGGACCCUAGCAGCCAACCACGAGUUGAUGAUCCGCUUCAAGGAUGAACACAAGAGUCAGAACAUCAAGCUGAGGCAGGAGAAUGAGAAGCUGAGGCUGGAGAAUAACAGCCUGUUCAGCCAGGCUCUGAAGGAUGAGCAGGCCCAAGUAUUGCAGCUCACCAUCCGGUGUGAGGCCCUCACUGGGGAGCUGAAGACGCUGAAGGAGAGGUGUGCUCAAGAUGCCUGCCAAGCACAGGCCCGCGAGAAGGAGCUGCUGGCGCUACAGAGCCAGCAGGCCUGCACCCACACCAAGGAGACAGAACAGCUGCGCAGCCAGCUGCAGAGCCUCAGGCAGCAGCACCAGCAGGCUGUGGAGCAGAUGGUGAAGGCGGAGGAGACACACAGCAGCCUGAGCCAGGAGCUGCAGGCCAGGCUGCAGACCGUCACUAGAGAGAAAGAGGAGCUGCUGCAGCUGUCCAUGGAAAGGGGUAAAGCGCUUCAGAAUAAACAGGCAGAGAUCCGCGUGCUUGAAGAGAAGUUGGAGAUAGCAAAUGAGGCCAGGAGGCAAGCACUGGAGCGGUUUGAGCAGGAGGCAGUGGCUGUGGACAGCAACUUGAGAGUCAGAGAGCUUCAGCGCAAAGUAGAUGGGAUCCAGAAGGCCUAUGAUGAACUCAGGCUGCAGUCUGAAGCCUUCAAAAAGCACAGCCUGGAUCUUUUAAGCAAGGAGAGAGAACUCAACACCAAACUCCGCCAUCUCUUUCCAUAAUGAAGUUCCUGCUUCCUCUGGCUUCCAAUUCAGAAUUCAAAUAUUUGUGUCUUAGCAUUACAGCAAGAGUAAAGUUGAUAUCCCAUUUAUUAUACUUUAAAGCACAAAAGGCAACUCAAGGAAAAGCUACUUUACUGUGAUAUUGUUGUUUUUAUUGUAAAGCUGUUAUUUUUCAGUUCUGCCACCUAGAAUACACAAGAUUUGCCAGA